CCUCAGUCUCAGACAAAUAUUUGACGUGGCAAGAGGUCCGGACGUGACAUAGCAGCACAUCAUCAUCUCUCCUCCACCUUCUUCUGCUCAUUUACCUUGAGACAGCUGUAGAUACUGGUCAGGUACGUGAGGAACCGGGACACACGAUGUGGCUGGUCAUCUUGGCCGGUUUAGUCCACUGCGCUUCGGCCUACGAUGUGGAUCUGAAGAAACUGGAAGGACUGGCCAAAGCCAAGGUGGAGACCUGUGGUGGAUGACAGCUGAACAAGAUGGCAGAGGUCAAAGCCUUUGUGAUACAGGAUAUUCCUCUUUACCAUAACCUGGUGAUGAAGCACAUUCCUGGGGCUGAUCCUGAGCUUGUCCUCCUGAAUCACUACUAUGAGGAGCUGGAUCGGAUUGCUUUGUCUGACAUGUCGCGCGCUGAGAUCAAUGAGCUACUGGGAAAACUUGGCUUCUACAAGAAAGCUCAACACGAAGAUGAGGUGCCAGAUGAGCACCGCUUUUCUCCUGCCAAAGACAGCCCAUUUCAAGACCAACCGGCAUACAAAAGCUCUGUGUCCUCCCUCGCCUCGGAGAGCGGCUCCUCUGAAACCAAUCCACAAGUCAAGCACACUGAUCUAUAACUGCCCCAAGUCAUCUUGCAGUGUGAAUCUGUUCCACAACCAGCUGGUUAUUAAAGACAGAAAGUCAUGUUAUUGCAGAAUAGAGCCAGCAAAUUAUGGAUUAAAGACCUUCAGAGGUCCACAGUCUGAAUUUGCACAUAACACAUUUCCCUCUGUUUGUUCAUUUUUGCAACUUUAAUUACCCAGCAGGCUGCUUUGUGAGAGCUUUUCCACUCAGCACUCAAAGACUGCAAGUGUGUGUUUGAUUUUGUUUUGAAUCUGUCAUAUGUUAUCUGUCUUCAGGAUCCUUGCCUCACUUGAACUCUCUUGUGUGUCUGAUUGCUUCCCACCCACAGUGACACUAAAUGAAGCUCCAGGUUGAAAACUGUCUGAAUGGCCUGGGGCUGAUGCUACAUGGUCCAGUGGGUUGGACUAAAACACGCAAAGGCAUUCAAGUGUAAAGGAUGUGGCUAGAAUAAGAAAAUAUUGGAACUGAGUUUUAAUCUCAGUCUUUCUCAGAUUUGUUUCUUUUACAUACAAAUGUGGUAAAUCACUAUCCAUGUGAAAGUAUUUCCCUGUACAUUUCAUGGUUCAGUAUGGACUAGCCACUUCUGUAACACAGAUCAAUGAGUAGUUUGUGUAGAUAAUGUUUUUAUGAGAUGAUUCAGAGCAAUAAAGCCCUACAAACAUG